GUGGGGUAGAGGGUAGCAAGUAUGACUGACUCACUGGGUCUGGACCAGGACUAUAUAUAAUGGCAGGCUUGAUACGAGACAAAGACACACAAGAAAAAUAGCAGCGGCUCUGGCAAACUGGAGAGAGUGUCUGUUGGAUCAAAACACCAACUUUAAUCACCAUGUCACAGCCAGUCGAGGUGAAGAAGAAGAAGCGUCCCCCAAUGAAGGCGGAGGACCUGAAAGGAGCCCGCAGUAAACUGGGACUAAAGGGCGAGGUCAAGAGUAAGACCUAUGAGGUCAUGGUGGAGUGUGAACGUAUGGGCAAAGUGGCUCCGUCUGUCUUCAGCGGUGUGAGGACGGGAGGAGAGACGUCCCUGGACAAGCCUGCUGCUGCUAAAGCUCCUGGAGCCAGUGUGUUCAGCAAGUAGACACACUGCAGGACAAAAGAGAAACACUGAAGAAACACACGUUGUAGUCUUUAAGUUUUAGAGUCAAUGGUGUUACUGCUUGAUACGGAUCACAGAGUGUGUUUUUUUCUGUCAUAUGAUAAUAUAAAUCAGUAGCUAGUGGAAUUUGGGAGAGAUAAUGGAUUUGUUUUGUGCUCGUAGUGUGUGUUUACAUUACUGUUAUGUAAGCAGUUACUGUUCUUUGCAGUUUGAACAGUGCAUCAGACUUGGAGAAUGGCUUAUGUUUUUAAUGUGGCUGAUGAGCUGUAAAUGAGUUGUAACAUUUAUUUAUCAGUGUUGACAAAGACUCUUUUUUUCUUAAAGUGCUAUUUUGUUUAAUUUCUUACCUUUACUUAAGACAUUAUUUUCCUUUGUAUUGAAAUUUUACUUUUUUUUAAAUUUAAAGGUCCCAUAUUUUACACUUUUGUAGUGCAGUUUUGAUAUCCACAAGAAGAUAUAUUUGUGGUUUUAAGUACCAAAAACAAACUCAGUGUAGUUUAACAUCUCCUCUCUCAGGCUUCUCUCUGGAGCUCUAGUAACAACAGGUCGGUGUCUGUUUUCUUAGUGAUCAAAUAAAAAUAUAGCAGAUUUCAGGUAAAUACUCCAAGAAACCAAAUCCUGCAAGGCUGGAUGGUGGUCUGGGUGGGCUUGGGGCACGGCUGGGGUGGGGACUUUGUUGUGACAUCACAAAGCUACAGAAGGCCUGACGGCUGGUUUUAAAGCUCAGUUUCUGAAUACAAGCUGUGUGCAUUUCUCUGUGGACUGAAGCUUUGAUACUUUUACAGCAUUUAAAUAGCAGCUAGACCUGCUUUAUAAUCAAAAAAGACAUGGAAACCUGACUUAUUCAAAAAGAGGAUAAAGUAUUUAGGGCUUGAAAUUAACACAAAUCAUCAAUUGCAGGUAUGCUAUGUGUGCAGCAUUGGUACUUGAUUGAUUUAUUAUUGUCUUAUUGGUAGUUUGGUGGUUUGUCUCUCAGUGUGAUUUAUUGUUCAAGUCAGUACCUCUAAAUGAUUCAGAAGUUUUCACAGUUUUCAGGUGUUUUAGUCGAGAUGAAAGUGUUAAAAAGAGAGUAUUGAUCAGAUUAUUAUUCACUGUACUUACUUUUACAGUGGCCUAAUUAUACACGUAUCUCUGUGUUUAUAGUGUGAUAAUUCUGCUUGUCAUUGUAAAUCAAUAUUUAUCAAGUGUUCAUUAAAUAAAGAAAAUUUUGUCAACA